UCAGUGAUGCUAUACUACUUUCAACUUCCAAAGCAUCCCGUUGGCUAUUGAAGAAUUUGAACACGAAAAUUUUGAUUAUCGUCAAAUAAUCAUGAUCAUCCUCUUGCGCUUUUAAAACAUCGAAAGCCCUGCAAUAUUACAAGAUAGUGUCAAAUUGAUAUUCUAAAACACCUACUGUGUCAAAUUAGUGAGGGCCUCACUCAUUGCGAGAACGACCCUUAGUACCUAUACAAACAAUCACAUUGAUUAUUUUUAUUCAGCCACAAUGGACUGGAAAGAAACAGUGACACAAGUUUCAGAAAAGGUGUUUCCGGGAAUCUCCCACAAAAUUAGUGACAACGAUAAUAUUGAAAAUGAAGUUAUGUCUAAUCUUCCUUUACAAAUGGCACUGUACUUUAAUGUGGUGUUUGCCCCAGUUUGGUUUGUGAUAAUUGUAAUUUUCUUAAAGGAAAAUUUUGAUUGUUAUUCGGAGCUGUACAAGUUUUUAUCGGUCACAGUCAUUGUAUCGAUCUUAAUUGCGGAAGUAUUACGCUUAUAUUUGGGCUACGAGGGUAAUUUACGAGAUAAGAUACCCGAAUUGGCGGGGUUUUGGAUGCUGUCCGUCCUUUUGCAAUUUCCUUUACAGAGCCUUCUGCUAUUUAAUCCGUACUUUAAUUUGUAUGUCGUAGAGGUGUUUGUUCAAUCAGUGAUGCUACUACUUUUAUCAGCGCAGUUGUUUUUUGGUUACAGAGCUUUAAAGUUUACAGCUUUGACGCAAGCUGCAUACUUUAAGUUGGUGAAACUAAGGAAUGAUAGCUCUAGUGCCAAAAUUCUAUGUAAAAAUAAAGUUUUAUGA